CUGAGGAGUGCAUCCGCUUGCCGCGGACCGUCGUCAUGGCUGGCUUCUUCUCAUCCGUAUUCUCCUGGUUCUCUAGCAUUUUCUUCUCCAAGGCUGCAGAGAUAUCCGUGGUCGGCCUCCAGGCUUCAGGGAAGACUUCGUUCGUCAAUGUCAUUGGAUCUGGACAGUGGAGUGAGGAUGUAGUACCCACCGUCGCGUUCAACUAUCGGAAAGUCCGUAAAGGAAACGUCACGCUCAAGAUUUGGGACGUCGCUGGUCAACCCAAGUUUCGGUCAAUGUGGGAACGGUAUUGCAAUGGAGUGGACGCUGUCAUUUUUGUGGUAGACUCAGCAGACCCGGAAAAGUUUGGCACAGCCCGGUUUGAGCUCCAUCAACUCCUAUCGCAGCCUAGUCUAGUGGGAGUACCUUUGCUCGUUCUCGGAAACAAGAACGACAUAGACGGACAUACAUCCGUCAAAGAACUGAUAUCCGUUCUGGAACUCCAAAAGAUUCAGGGUCGCGCAGUUUCAUGUUACUCGUGCUCAAUGAAGAGUCAAAACAACCUCGACAUUGUUCUCCGUUGGCUCGCAGAUCGCAGCCACUAAUGUCUACACCAUAUAUCUCGCUGUAAUCUUUUGUAUCAACAAUACACACUUAUACAUGGCCCAUCGUGGGUUUCCCAGAGCAUUGUCAUAACGCGUUGAUAGUCGCCACACGUCUAAUCUCACUGUAACGCCCACCUACACUAGCAAAAUGC